AAUACUAAUCUCCACAUCAUAUAUAAACAGUGAAUGAUAAACUUCAUUUUAUAAUUUCAUUACCGACGUGGAGGUGCGAGUUGCAAUUUCUGUCAACAACAAUAUAUUAAAAAGAAAAUGGAACGUUCAGAAAUAAUUAUCCUUUGGAGCAUGCAUGCAUUUACAGGUAUUGUAACGGGACAGUCGGGAACAGAUAUGAAAAAUUUGUACGCAUACCUGUUCACGACACUGGGAUAUAACAAGGAUAUUCGUCCUCAGCAGAAUCAGUCGGAACUUACCCCAGUGUCCGUAGAUCUUCUCCUGACAGGUUUUCAUGGGCUUGAUGAAGCCAAACAACAAAUGGGGUCCGUCGGGAUUUUAACUAUCAGAUGGAGAGACGAAUUCCUUUUUUGGACACCCUCAACUUACGGGGGAGUUUCCUAUAUUGACGUCCCGCAAGGCCUCGUUUGGAAGCCGGAUAUACAAGUCCGAAAUAGCCUCAGCAGUUACGCGCAAUUGGGUGGAAGUUUCAUGAAUUUACGCGUCUUCAGCACAGGAGACGUGAUGUGGACGCCGUAUAAAGUGUUUAAUACGAAAUGUAGAAUCGAUAUUAGAUUUUUUCCAUUUGACCGACAGGAGUGUUCGGUAAUCCUGGUGACGUGGGCCAGCGGUGCUUCGACACUUACCUUCACGAAAGGAACAAAUGGAAUGCAACUAGACAUGGAUUCAAGCAACAGCCAAUGGACCAUGUCCAAUCCAACUGUUGACGUCACAGUAAAUGACAAUGCGUCUCAAAUAACGUUUAAAGUUACGUUGGAUAGAAAAACGAAAGUCUAUAUUCUGAACAUAGUAAUCCCCAUGUUGUUUCUAAUCAUUCUGGAUGUGUUUACAUUUUGUCUGCCGAACGACUGCGGGGAGAAAAUUUCAUACUCAAUUACCGUCUUUUUGGCCAUUUCCAUAUUCAUGACGAUAAUGGCUAAUCUUCUACCACCGACGUCAAAUUCGACAUCAUAUCUAGAAAUAUACAUUAUGCUAAAUAUGUCGAUCGGAACGUUAAUCCUCGUGAUAUCGGCAAUAUCUUACAGAAUUCAUAAUAGGACCCAGGAGAGAGAAAUACCAUCCUGGAUAAAGAUGUUGACAAUUCUAUCCUGGAAAUUGCAAUGUCGAGCACAGAGCAAGUUAACCGAACCUGAUGACGUCACGGUGAUGAAGACAGGCGUUGAUGCUUACUGUGAAAGAGAAACCAAUGCACAACCAGCUGGCGGAAGUGACGCGAGUGUUCUAUGGAAGGACGUGACGUCAGCAAUAGACUUUUACAUGUUUUGGUUCUUUUCAUUUGUCAUUUUUACAUCGACAGUUAUUCAUAUUGGACUCGCAACUUCGUGAUAGACCCAUGUCAUUUUGACUGAAAAUCGUUCAUUACGUAACAAUCUGGAACAAUCACGAGUUCAUUAGCCCUUUUAAAAGCUUAGUAAAUAGUCCAGUUUAUUAUAUAUAAACAAGCCAUCAGUUUAAUAACGCGAUACUGGAUUUGGCUGCGAGACUCGGGUGUGUACUUUACAUUUAACUCUCUAAAUAGGCAUCGUUGAUUUCAUGAUACAAUGUGUUAAAACA